AUGUCUCCUGAAGGAAUUGUAAAUAUUAAGUAACUCUUUCACAACUACAGCACUGAUGAAUUUCUGUUUGCAUCAGAAAGUGUUGAAACUUCAGAUCUUGCAAGCAACAAAUUGAAAACUGUACUAGAUCUUGUGGCUGAUAUGAAGAGUUUGAAGGUACUUAAUGAUUCCACACCCAUCUCAGCAUUCGCAAGCAUUCUCUGCUACCUCCCACAGCUAGUAAAACUCAGCACACGUGAGACCUUGAUUUAGGGUUUACCAAAGGAGAUUACACACUUUAAGAAAUUAAAGAGUGUUCUAGUCAGUAACAAUACGUUUAUGGUUUUGCCUGUGCACCUUUUCCAGUUGACAAAACUAAAAUUUAGGUUUCUGAACUUUGCAAAAAAAUUAUUUAAAAGCAUUACAAGUAAACUUCGCAACUAUAGCCUGUUGAAAUGUCUCAUACAUUAUAGAACCCAGCUUCCUGCCAAUAUUCCCAGAUUUACAAAUGUAAAGGAGUUUUUUUUAAGUAGAAACUGACUGGACUCACUGGAUGAACAAACUCUGCCUUUAAAAGACCUCUCUAUAACAGAUUUUUCUGGAAAUGUAUUAAGAUACAUUCCUUUUGAAGAAGAAAAUUGUAUACGGACAACCAGACCUGACCUCGGCAGCGACGAGCUCUCUCAGUUUCCAAAUGCGCUAUGUGCACUAUUUGAUCUUAAGCUCUUAGAUCUUAGUGGCAACUCUAUUUCAGAAGCAGUACCCGGAUUCUCUGACAUUAAAGAUUUGGGGCAUCUACAAUUAAACACAAACGACCUGUCCUCCUCCUCCGCGUGCUGUGCUGCCUUACGAACCAGCGCACGGGGCUGUCAGGGGGGACGCCGGCGGUGA